GUUGUCUCUUUUCUAAGCUACAGUUUCUUCAUCAUCAAGUUUUCUUCUUUUGCAUGUUUUAAUCAAUGGAAUCAGAAUCGUCAUCAUCAUCAUCCUCAGACGACGGCCUCAAUUCGUCUCCCGCCGCAAAUCUCCACCGCCGAAGGUUGGCUAUGGAUACGGAUGCGGCUUCUUCCUCUUCUGCUACAUUGGAAUCUUCCGCGAAACCGAGCACCGUUGGAGACAAUGACGAGCUUUCUUUAGGAAAUUUCGGAACAAUUGAGACCGAUGCCGAUGCCGAUGCAACUGACUCAGGAAGCAGCCUAAUCGACCCAGUUCCGGUAAAAGGAGAAGACUUUGAAGUAAUUGAAUCGGGUCGGGUUGACCCGUUUACAGCAACCACCUUGAAUGAUGAAAGAGGUGAGGGUUAUGUCGGACCGGAACCUACUUCUACAGAUUGGUCUUUGACAGGACUAGUGAUCAGGUCAAUCGAAUUUCAAGUUAGUUUGAUGAUUAGCUUUAUAAGGUUUCCUCCAUUGUUAAUUCAUAGCUGCUUGAGCUUUGUUUCUGAUCCCUAUGGAACAGUGAGGCGUGGUAGACGCUUUUUAGUAUCUAGGAUUGUAGAGUUAUGCGACUCAGGGUUAGAAGAUGAUAAGCUUGUGUUGGAGGUUGUGCGUAGGUUAGCAUGGGGUUUAUUGUGGGCUGUUUAUGUGGGGAUCAUGUUGUUUGCCUUGUUGGUCUCUGCGUUUAUGAUUAGUGGGUUUGUGAUAACUCAUUUGGCUCAUGCACCACUUGUAAUCAAAGAGAGCUUGGAUUUUGAUUAUACCAAGAGUAGUCCAGAAGCUUAUGUGCCCAUAAGUUCAUGUGCUGGUGUGGCAAGUGAUUCGAGUAUCGAAACCGAGAAGAUCAGAGGCUUGAAGGACAGGCCAGUAAUCACUGUCUCGAUGACAUUGCCUGAGUCCGAGUACAACAAAAAUCUUGGGAUGUUUCAGCUUCGGGUGGACUUUUUAUCCGCGAGUGGUCAAAUACUUGCUAGUUCAAGACCGCCGUGUAUGAUAAGAUUCAGAAGCGAGCCUAUACGUCUUGUCCAGACUUUCCUAAAGAUUGCUCCCCUUGUCACUGGCUAUGUCUCUGAAAUCCAAACCUUGGACUUGAAGCUCAAAGGCUUUGUCGAAAAGGACAUUAGUACUACUGCUUGCUUGAAGAUAAUGAUUGAACAACGUGCAGAGUUUCGUCUUGGAGCAGGUAUUCCAGAGAUUUACGAUGCAUCUCUGUUGCUUGAAUCUGAACUUCCUUUCUUCAAAAGGUUCUUAUGGAACUGGAGGAGAACUCUAGUCGUGUGGAUCAGCAUGAUUUUGUUCAUUAUGGAAUUGUUUUUCGCCUUGGUUUGCUUCAUACCGCUGAUCAUCCCAAGAACAAGCCAGAGAACACAAUAAAGGGAUAGAACACAUUCCAUCAACAAGAACUCAAAUCUUGACGAUAUGGGGGAAUGUAGAUGAAUCAGUGGUUGAUUGGUUGUUGUAACGGUAAUCACACUUUACUGUAAUUUUAGCUGCUUCACAAGUGUACCACAGCGUUUCUCAAUCAAAAUUGUAAUAUCUUGUCUGCUAAUCAAAUUGUCAAUAUAAACUUUUUAAGAACAGUCACAAUGAUACAAACGUCUCAUUGUAUUUACAGUGUAUACACAUUAAAGGUAUAUACUUUACAACCA